AUGGAAUUGAAAAAAGACCACAUUGUGGCGUUGAUAGUAUCUGCCUGCAUUCUUUUUGGCGUACUCUUGUUGUUAUGUCUUUGCUGCUGCUGUAUGGGAAGAAAGAAACAACAGCAAACAUCGAAAUCGAGCGAUGUUGGUGUUGGUAGACCAACAGCGACACCAACAAGUAAAGGUGUAAGAGACGGCAACAUGGCUAUUUUGGGUGCAGCUACUGAUGUUCUAGCUGCUAGUGCUAUUAUAUCCGCUUCUCAAGCUGGAUGUGGUGGUGGCGGAUGUGGAGGUGGUGGUUGUGGCGGUGGCGGUGGCGGUUGUGGAGGUGGAGGAUGUGGUGGUGGCGGUUUUGGUGGUGGCUGCUAA